UUCUUCUUUUUUCCCAGCCGUCGACGUCAAUAAAAAACACUAUUCAAAUCCGAUUCUCAAGUAAAACCCCUCCUCUUGCCGUCGUGCAGUGACCGUCACCACCGGCCACCGCUGGCACCGUCGUGCGCCAACCGUCUAAAUCUUCACCACCGCUGCCGGCCGUCGUCUUUAACCGUCUCAUCCCACGCAAUCAACUGUUCAUUAUCGACUCUCUCGCCAUAAUGUCAGCAAGAGGUAAAGUUCCGGCCAUUGGAAUCGACCUUGGUACUACGUACUCGUGUGUGGCUGUUUGGCAACACAACCGAGUUGAGAUCAUAGCAAACGAUCAAGGUAACCGAACCACCCCCUCGUACGUCGCUUUCAACGAAACUGAACGUUUGGUUGGGGAUGCUGCCAAGAACCAGGCUGCUUAUAAUCCCACCAACACCAUCUUCGAUGUCAAACGGCUGAUUGGAAGAAGAGCAAGUGACAAAAUCGUUCAGGACGACAUGAAACUGUGGCCUUUCAAAGUCGUGGCUGGAAAAGGUGACAAGCCAAAAAUCGUAGUCACAUACAAGAACGAAAUUAAAGAAUUUGCUGCUGAAGAAAUAUCUUCUAUGGUUUUAGCCAAGAUGAAAGGCAUUGCGGAGACAUUUCUAGGAUCGAAAGUUGAAAAGGCUGUCGUCACUGUUCCUGCUUAUUUCAGUGAUUCUCAACGCCAAUCAACGAAAGAUGCUGCAAUGGUUUCUGGACUCGAGGUUCUGCGCAUGAUUCAUGAACCUACAGCUGCUGCAAUCGCUUAUGCACUAGACAAAAGAGCCAGUGUAGAUGGCAAGAUGAAUGUGUUAGUUUUUGACUUGGGUGGUGGUACUUUUGAUGUCUCCAUUCUCACCAUUGAUGACGCGGGAGUGAUUGAGGUUAAAGCUACGGGUGGUGAUACACAUCUGGGAGGUGAGGACUUUGAUAACAGAAUGGUGAACUAUUACGUCUCUGAAAUCAAGAGAAAACACAAAGUGGAUAUUAGCAAGAACGUAAAAGCUUUGGGUAGGUUAAGGGUUAGUUGUGAGAGGGCAAAGAGAACUAUUUCAACAGCCUCUCAGACUACAAUCGAUAUCGAAUGUUUGUUUAAUGGAAUCGAUUUUUCUACAAAGUUUACUAGGGCUAAAUUCGAAGAGGUGAACAUGGAGUUGUUCAAGAAGUGCAUGGCUACUGUGAAAACUUGUUUACAAGAUUUAAAUAUGAACAAGGAUAGCAUUGAUGAAGUGGUUCUUGUUGGCGGGUCGACCCGGAUACCCAAGAUACAAGUACUAUUGCAGGAGUUUUUUAACGGAAAGGUACUUUGCCAAGGAAUCAAUCCCGAUGAAGCUGUUGCGUAUGGUGCGGGGAUUCUAGCUGCAAAGUUAAGUGGCACGGGUGACGAAGCUGUGCAGACUCUAGAGCUAAUUGAUAUUACGCCUUUGUCUCUCGGUGUGGGGGGUGAUAAAGAUGUUAUGUCGGUUUUAAUUCCACGAAAUUCGCCUAUACCGACCAAAAAAGAAUAUACAUUCUAUACAAUUUUCGACAAUCAAACGUAUAUGGAUCUUCCAGUGUAUCAAGGUGAGAGAUCGAAGUGCACGGAAAACUAUCUUUUGUCACAAUUUUGGUUGUCUGAUCUUCCCCCUGCUCGUCGUGGGGUAGUUGAAGUAACUGUAUGCUUUACGAUAGACGCCAAUGGGAUACUUCAUGUCUCGGCGAGAGAAGCAACUAGCGGAAGUAACAACGCAAUAAAGAUAACCAACGAGGGUGGUCUGACAAAAGAUGAUAUUAAGAAGAUGAUUGAAGAUGCCGAACGUUACAAGUUGGAGGAUGAAGCACACAUGAAGAAAGUGAUGGCCCAUGAAGCUUUAACUGAUUAUGUUUAUAAAUUAAGAGACAACAUUAAGGAUUACAAGGUUCGAAUGAGGCUUAGAGAGACGGCAUUGAGUGUAAAAGAGUUGAAAGAAAUAGACCAACAGAUUGAGGACGCAAUCGAGUGGCUUGAUGAACACCCGGAUGCGGAAGUUGUUGACUUGGAGGACAAGGAAGCAGAGCUUAACAACAUAUGUAGGCUUACCAAGUUAAACCUGCAUUGAGAAACAAAGGUCAUCAAACGUACUGCCUUUACUCUCUAAAAGUAGUAAUCUUUUGAUUAUAAUAUGUAGACUUACAAGUAGAUGCUUUUGACCCAUGAAAAUCUAUGAGAGAUCAUGUGUACUCACUGUUCUUUUGUUAUGAAGAUACCAUUACUUUGGCUUUGUUUAAGGUUUAGGGGUAUGAACCAAAGUAGUACUAAUUACUCAAUGGGGUGUUCAUAAACUGACAAAACCGACCGAACCUCCCAAACUAAA